AUGACCAAGGGCUCGGGUGAGCCGUUUCACGCAUUGACUGUCAGUACAGAUCCUACUUGUUACUCUCAGGCCGUGGGCCACCCUCACUGGCGUGAGGCAAUGGACCAGGUGUUUAAUGCUCUGCUCCAUAAUCACACAUGGCGCCUAGUUCCGCCUGAACCCCAUAUGAAUAUUAUUGGCUACAAAUGGGUGUUUCGCACCAAACGCACUGCUGAUGGAUCAGUAGAGCGUUAUAAAGCUCGACUGGUCGUGAAAGGGUUUAACCAGGUUGCAGGAGAGGACUUCUUUGACACUUUCAGUCCUGUGGUCAAGCCUACCACAGUCCGAAUGUUGUUUUCCUUGGCUAUAUCCAAGGGUUGGACUCUUCGACAGUUGGAUGUUCACAAUGCCUUCUUAAAUGGGCAUCUUACUGAAACUGUUUACAUGAAAUAG